AUGGCUUGCUUGAAAGGCUCCACCGUCAGCUCAAGGCUGCAAUCAGAUGUCAUGCAAAUGAACGUUGGACUGAAAUACUGCCAGCUAUUCUCCUUGGCAUACGAGCAGCAUGGCGUGAAGAUUUCAAGGCAUGUAAAACAUGCAGAAAUGGUGUAUGGCCUGGUUCUUCGCCUUCCUGGAGAGUUUCUGACACCAAACCUCCCAACUGGUCAUACACAUCCAUCAACAUUUGUGACCAACCUUCGAAGCUAUUUCAAUGCUCUUAGACCAGUGAAGGGUCAUGGGGAGCGAAUGCCGUUUGUCUUCAAGGACCUUGCCACAUGUCAGCACGUCUUUGUCCGGACUGACACUUCAAAAGGUGCACUGGAACCACCAUACUCUGGGCCAUACUUGGUCAUCAGCCGAACUGACAAAACUGCAGUAGUGCAAAUUCAGGGUUCUGACAUUACCAUCUCAAUGGAUUGCCUCAAGUCAGCCUUCAUCAUGGCAGAUGAAGAUCAGCCAAUCAGCAUCAGCCAAACGAUUCCCCCUGCAACAGCCAGCCCUCUACCUGAUGCCAUCCAGGAUCCACUGCCAGAUUCUGACACUCCAGCAGUAACUACCAGAAGUGGUCAUUGGGUGCACUUCCCAGAUCGCUUGCAAGCUGGUGUUUUGUGA